AUGCCUAUUAUUAUUCUUAAUAUUAUCUUAGCUUACUCUACAUCCCUACUAGGAAUAUUCAUUUAUCGGUCCCACUUAAUGUCAUCACUUUUAUGUCUAGAGGGAAUAAUAUUAUCAAUAUUUGUUUUAUGCUCCCUCCUAAUUAUAAACUUCCACUUUUCCCUGUCAUUUAUAAUCCCUAUCACCUUAUUAGUGUUUGCUGCAUGUGAAGCGGCUGUAGGUUUGGCUCUUCUGGUAAUAGUAUCUAAUACAUAUGGCCUAGACUAUGUCCAAAAUCUAAAUAUCCUCCAAUGCUAA